CGCAAACUCGCGCGAGAGAGGAUUGGAAGACAUGAUGUCGACCGACGUACCAUUCAGCAGCGUAUCGAGCCGCACCAUCUGCGAGGAUGUAAAUAAAGCGCCGCUUAGCUGACCAGCUGGCCGAUCGUGAGCCUGUGCGAGACUUACAAUAUGCGUGUUGCCGAAUGCGCGACGACAAUCGGCCUGUCGAGCAACUACCAAAGGUAGGCGUAAAAAAAGAGAGAUGCAAAAAGAGUCCUCGCGACGGACGUUCGUCAUCUUCUUCGACGGCAAUCCGUGUCUCUGAGUUUCGCGCGUUUGUCCAUUCAUCGUCCGGGAUGACAGUCACGAGUCUCGUGAUUCGACAGAUUAGCGAUUUUAUAGCCGCGAUGUGUAAUAGGCGCGCGUUCACGCGCCUACCAUACGUUAGUAGUGUGACAGUUGUUUUGUGUUGUUUGUGCGCGCGAUGACAUGGACACGGAGAGGAGAGGAACGUACGAUAUAUAUAAAUAUCUAGGUUCGGAGUUUAAGACAAUAAUCGCCACCUGCUAUAAGAAUAGCGAAUAAAGUACGAUCGAUUUUUAUCGAAAAUAGAGAGGCUUUUGUGAAUCAAAGUGAAACAAAUGGGACUGGAGAAAGCGUUUUUGUUCUUAACAAAAAAGUGCAUGACAACAAAAAGAUUGUUAUCUUUGCAGAUGAACGUUCCAUUGUAUGGCGUUCUCGGAGCUGCCGCGAUUCUACUUGCUUACAUCCUCGGCAUAGAAACGAUCGCAAAACUCCUCGUAUGCUUGCUGGCGUUAAUUUUAGGGACAUUGAUCUGUAUAUAUCGAACGUAUUCACCGAAUCUCGACAAUGUAAUUAAGUCUGAAAGGGAAGACAUAACUAAGAAGACUGAAAAGUUUCGGCAGUAUAUACUAGAUCUGUCUAGGGAGAGGAUGACAUUCACAUUAGAUAAAAGAAUAACUGGUAGCCGUAUCAUUGAUGAAUCCCUGCAAGAAAUCUUAGAUUUUUUAAUCAGAGAUUAUGUGGAACCAUGGUACAGUGUUGUUACAGAUGAUGAGGAAUUUAUCUAUUCUGUUCGAGAUACUGCCCAGAAAAUCGCCGUCAAUGUCGCAAAUCGGGUCAAGAGCGUCGAUUGGAUACCCUACUUGACUACGCGACUCGUUGACGAUGCAGCUUCGCAUGUCAGGCUGUAUCGACAAGCAAGCGCGAGGAUGAAGCAAUUACGAUCGACCAGGAUUCAAAAAGAUAGUGCCAGCUCGAGCACAUCAGGUGGAACGCCAAAGAAGACGCCGACUCAUCGCCGAAACAAGAGCGAGACCGAUGUGUCCUGGUAUUCGCAGUCGAAAUUGUAUAUACCCAAUUUAUCGUCGCUGACCGAGCCAAUCGAAUCGACCGGCGAAGAGAAGGAAGAUGAAUCGCUGGAGAAGAUAUUCUUUGAUCUCGAGGUGCAGAUGGAGAAUAAUCUGAUAUGCAGAGACUUAGUAUGCACGAACGACACCCAGGAAUUGGAUUUCCUAGGCGAAAUAUCCGAGAUCCUGUUGUACCUGGUACUACCCAAGGCGGACUUCGAUUGUUUGACUGUGAGAUUUAUUUUAAGGGAACUCUUAGUGAACGUUAUAAUCAGACCGUUGUUGGAUCUGUUUUCCGAUCCUGAUUACAUUAAUCAGGCAUGUAUAUGGCUGUGUACCAAGGAGGGUAGUUUACCAAGUGAUAUCUUUUUAACAGUAAUUAGAAUAACGGACAAUUCAGAUGAAUUAAUGGCGACGAAGAAUAUAGUUUGUAAAGAAAUAGCACACUUACGUUCGAAAGAUGCGGGCGGAGAUGACGAUCUGUCAGUGAAGCAACAAUUGAACAGUCUGCUUUACGUGAAAAAAAUCCUAGAGGCGAGAAUUAUCGGUAUGCAGGAGGGCUUGGAAACAGAAGCGGAUGGGAUUGGCGCUCAACCGGAAUGGAACAGAUUGCUCAUACCAGGCCAAAAAUUAGUUAACUUGCCGUUAGACGAGUUGCUGAAGAACAAUAUUGCUCUCAGUUACUUCAUCGAUUAUAUGACCUCCAUAAAUGCGGAAGCAUACCUAUUCUUUUACCUGAAUAUCUACGGAUGGAAAGUCUCGGCCGAGCAACAAAUAUCGGACAUAGAACUGCAGAAAAUCCAAAGUGCACAGUCCGGCGGUUCAGGUAUGAUCGGCGCUAGGCGCAAGAACGCGGAUCUGGAUAAUCUAAAGGAGGCGGCCAUGAAAAUUUACCAACAAUAUCUCAGCGACAAAGCAUCGCCCAAACUGCAACUAGACGACACGUUAGUGAAGAGUUUGUUGACCAAGAUGAAGACAGAGUCGGUCAAGGAGACGUGGUUCGACGAGCUACGAAACUGCUGCUACGAAAAGCUGCAGAAUGAGGACAGAUUCCUACCAGGCUUUAAAAAAUCGCUAGCUUACGUUAAGUUGCUCGCCGAGCUGGAUCUACUGAAAGAUCCAGUUUCUGAAGACGAUGCAAAAUCUUUGGAUAGCAUAAGCUUGUCCAGUACGAACAACGAAUUGGACACUUUGGAAGAAUUAUCCGAGACGUACGACGCGAAACCUGUUUCGACCGCGAAGGAAGGCACUAAGAAAUCGAAUUCCUCGACGAGCUUAACAAGUGUAGGAGAGGCAAAUGAAGGUAGAACGGCCGACGAGGUUGACGCGGAUACGAGUAAUCUCAAGGGUGCGAAAAAUGCCCAUAAAGGAUCCGCAGAGAUGGAACAAGUCGGCGAGAAGAAAGAUGUUUCAUUUUAUGUGGAAACAAACGUGGAACAAUUCAUCAAGUUAGACGAAAACAACUACGAUCAAAAUGCAAUCAAGAAACUGCAGCAGGGCCGUUUCGAGAUCACUGCCACGAUAAUAGAAACCGGUAUUGUCAACGAUCGCGGGAAAACGUACGGCAUAUAUGCCGUAGCGGUUACGAAAAACUAUGACUCGGGCUAUAAAGAGAAGUGGCACAUCUACAGACGAUACUCCGACUUCUACGAUUUGCAUCAGAAGAUCAAGGAGAAGUAUUAUGAUUUAGCCAAAAUACCUUUCCCCGCGAAAAAGGCUUUCCACAAUAUGGAGCGUACCGUGUUGGAAAGACGAAUGUUGAUGUUGAAUGCUUGGUUGUGUCAACUAACGAAACCUGCAAUCGUCGACGGUCACAUGGGACUGCAGAAUUUAUUAUUAGCCUUCUUGGAGCAAGGAGAUUAUGACAAAGGAGUUACCGGCGGACAGAUAUCGAGAACGAUAGAUACUUUAAUUAAUCCUUUAAAGACGUCCAUGAAAAGUGUUACACAGGCAGUCAAAACGAUGCCGGAUAAUAUGUUGAGUACGGUGGAUGGUGUAAUGGACAAUCUCAGCAAAUUUUUCGGCAAUCCCAAGAAGACGAGUAUGUUUUACGAGAACACCAAAGUCGGUGCCAGUCUCGAUACAGAGACUGACGAUAACAUACCUUUGCGAAUUAUGUUGCUAUUGAUGGACGAGAUCUUUGAUCUGAAAGUACGAAAUCAGUGGCUAAGGCGGCGCAUCAUAACGCUGCUACGCCAAAUUAUACGUACAAUGUUUGGGGAUAUAGUUAACAGGAGAAUAGUGGAGUACGUAUCAUUCUUGACCAGCCCGUCGAAAGUUGCGGGAUAUUUACGCUUGUUCAAGAAUAGCUUCUGGCCGAACGGUGUAAAAGUCGAGAGUAAGCCGCCGCGAGACACGGAAAUGAAGAACAGAACGCGAGUGGCAGCUAAAGUAGCUUUGCUUUCGUGUCUUUCGGACGAACUGAAACAUAUCAUAGGUAGCGAGACAACAAGGCGUGGCUUGUUGAGAGUGUUCGAGCUGUUUCAGCGACCCGUAUUAAACAGAAGACUGUUAUACGUGUUGCUAGAGGGUAUCGUGGAGACCCUGUUCCCGCAGAACAAUCUUGUGACGGUUUUCAGGAAACUAUAUUCGGUGUCGCCGAGGAUAAGGAGUAAAAGCAAAACGAGAUCCUGAUGGAAGAACAGGACGGAUUAAUGUUCGGAUGCAAUAGUGCGAGAACGAAUGCACAGUCAAACUAACUCGUGAGGUUAAGAAUCUCGACUUUAUUAUCGAUCUUGAAUAAAGAUACAUCAGUUCUUUAGGUAGCUUAGAGAUUUACGAUAUUAAGAAAAUACUCUCGUGCAAAGUGUCCAAUAUAAGAGAAACAUAUUUAAAAUAUUUGUAUCUAUGACUCAUUGAGCUCUUAUUCGACUUUUAUCUUUAGUUUUUCUUUCUCUUUUUAUCU